AUAUAUUUGCAUGCUACCGUUCCAGUUCUUACCAUUCCAACGUUAUCGCAAUUGUUUCUUAUUUGAUAAUCCCAAUCUCUUCUGAUAAACCUAGAAUUCAGGAGAGAAGAAAAAAGAAAUGGGUUCUGAAUCACUUGUUCAUGUCUUUCUUGUUUCCUUCCCCGGCCAAGGCCAUGUAAACCCUCUUCUUAGGCUCGGCAAGCGCCUCGCUUCUAAGGGGUUGCUCGUCACCUUCACAACUCCUGAAAGCAUUGGCAAACAAAUGAGGAAAGCGAGCAAUCUCACUGACGAGCCCACUCCAGUCGGAGACGGCUUCAUCCGGUUCGAAUUCUUCGAAGAUGGCUGGGACGAGGACGAGCCAAGACGCCAGGACCUUGACCAAUACUUGCCCCAACUUGAGCUCGUAGGCAAGGAAUUGAUUCCUCGUAUGAUCCAAAAAAACGCUGAACAAAACCGUCCUGUUUCUUGUUUAAUCAAUAACCCUUUCAUUCCUUGGGUGUCCGAUGUUGCAGAGAGUCUAGGCCUUCCUUCUGCAAUGCUUUGGGUCCAAUCUUGUGCUUGUUUUGCUGCUUAUUAUCAUUACUAUCAUGGGUUGGUCCCUUUCCCCGAUGAAAAAAAUCCUGAAAUUGAUGUUCAGUUGCCAUGUAUGCCACUCUUAAAGUAUGACGAAGUGCCUAGUUUUCUGCAUCCAACAACACCUUAUCCUUUCUUGAGGAGGGCCAUUCUUGGUCAAUAUGGAAACCUCGACAAGCCUUUCUGCGUUUUGAUGGACACUUUCGAUGAGCUUGAGCACGACAUAAUUGAAUACAUGUCAAAAAUUUCCCCAAUAAAGACAGUUGGCCCGCUGUUCAAGAACCCCAACGCGCCGUCCUCAACCGUCCGUGGUGACUUCAUGAAGGCUGAUGACUGCAUAGAGUGGCUCGACACGAAACCGGCCUCAUCCGUCGUUUACAUCUCUUUUGGAAGUGUGGUUUACUUGAAACAAGCACAAGUGGACGAAAUUGCUCACGGGCUGUUGAAUUCUGGCGUUUCGUUUUUGUGGGUGAUGAAGCCGCCCCACAAGGAUGCCGGCCUCGAACUCCUUGUUCUUCCUGAUGGGUUCUUGGAGAAAGUCGGAGACAACGGCAAAGUUGUGCAAUGGAGUCCGCAAGAGAAAGUUUUGGUUCACCCGAGUGUCGCUUGCUUUGUAACACACUGCGGAUGGAACUCGACAAUGGAGUCGUUAACUUCCGGCAUGCCGGUUGUGGCUUUCCCGCAGUGGGGCGAUCAAGUCACUGAUGCUGUGUACUUAGUGGAAGUAUUCAAGACCGGGAUCCGAAUGUGCCGUGGAGAGGCCGAAAACAGGAUAAUCCCUCGUGAGGAGAUUGAGAAAUGCCUGCUGGAGGCGAUAUCGGGGCCUAAGGCGGCGGAGAUGAAGCAAAACGCAUUGAAGUGGAAGAAGGUAGCGGAGGAAGCGGUGGCAGAAGGUGGCUUCUCCGACAGGAACAUUCAAGAGUUUGUAGAUGAGGUGAGAAGGGGGAGUGUUGUAAUCACCAGCCAUUCAAAGCCAGAGAAGGCGAUUGCCGUUAGUGGAAUUUCAGAGUUAGUUGAGAAGGCGAGAAAUGGGAAGGUAGUAUUUCCGGAGAAGGAUGAGCUCACUAGUCAAGAGUCGUAUAAAAAAUAAAGGGACAGGCGGAGAGUGAUGAUUGGGUGAAGGGGAAUGAAUAAUUUCAUGAAAUCUGUUACGUAAGAAGUUUAGAUAAGCUCGUGGGGAGUUUUUGAUUGUAAUGAUUUUUUUCUUUUAUGGGACUUCCGUGAGUAAUCAUAAAUAAAUAAAUUUAAAAUUAGUUA